AUCCGUUUCAAUCUUUACCAACAUACAAAAUGGCACCUCCCAACAAUCAAAAGCGUGUCAAGGGCGUACAGAUCCACCGACCUUUCAUUUAUGGAUCAACGGCGAAGCUGUUCAGCGAGGACAAUCCCAAACCACCAGGAACUCCACCGGAUCACACGCACUCAUGGACUGUGUUCGUCAAGGGCGUGGAUGAUACGGACAUCACUUACUGGUGCAAGAAGGUGCAAUUUAAACUACACGAGUCUAUUCCGAACCCUAUGCGAAUGAUCGAUGAUGUCCAACCCGGUGGCGCAUUCGAAGUUCACGAAACAGGAUGGGGAGAAUUCGAAAUCACAAUCAAGAUUUAUUAUGUCCCCGAAUCCCUCGAGAAACCGCAAACCCUAUACCACCACCUGCGUCUACACCCGUAUGGACAAACAGAAGAGGAGAAGGAGGUUAUGAGGAAAGGACCAGACAUCAGAAGUUGGAUUUAUGAAGAGCAACUCUUUAAUGAACCAUACAAUGAGUUCUAUGACAUAUUGACGAGUCCGAUGGAUCGAGGGAAGGGUGGCGGAAAAGGCACCAGAGUCAUGAAGGGCGGUAUGGUUGGUAGUGUUGGUGAACGAACAGCAUCGAUACCUUUGACGACGAGGCCGGAUCAACCCUUCAGUCGAGAAACUGAGAAGAUAGAGAUCAACAGGCUGGAGGAAGCGCAGGUCAAGGUCAAGGAACUAAUGGAAAAGUUUGGUGACGAGCUGAGGGAGAAAGAGACCGAGCUUGCCAGAUUGAAAGCAAAGUACCCCGAUGUUCAACUCAAACGAUGAGCAACUCGAGGACUUGUAUUGGAAUGGUAGAGCUAGUUCCUGAACUACGACAGGCGACAGCUUUGUGUUAAGUUUGUAUGGAAUGGAGGGUUGCAUUGGGAAGCCAAGACUUCUGCUUGCCAAUCAUGGAGGCAAGCUUCAGACAGCAGAACAGCUGAGCUCAAGAACGAAGAUACCAUCGACAAUGGCUACCCCGCCAACAGCAAAAUGGAGACGAGCCUGGCUUGAGCAAAUGCAUGAACCACAGAGCCCUUAGCUUAGGAGUGUACAAUACAGCAUCACGAAAGAAAUUCAACAAAGCCAAGCAG